UCAUCUAGCCUAUAUUCUGAAACCAGUUCCGUAUUCAGCGCUACUUUAAUGUAACGUCGGUGCGCACACCAUACAGCGUAUAGGUUGUAUAAUUAUCGGAUAAGAUCACACCAUCUCGACCAUGGAGCCUUGAACUGGAAGACACCCACAGCACCACAGAGAUGAACAUGCAGCACACUUGAUAUCUCCCUGGAGGGGAAACCUGAAUUAAGAUGAAGCGACUGAAGGGGAAAACCCAACAGUGUGGAGUAUUGCAGAAAGUCCUGUGAACGCUGACCUCCAGCCCCCAUCCUCCCAUCAUUCCUUUCCCCCAAAUACACAACACUCCCAUCACCACUCCUGCUCUGGUCCAAGAUGACCUCACCGAGAAAGCACCUGGUCAAGGAUUUCAACCACUUUAUCACAUGCUACGUGUGUAAAGGAUACUUGAUCAAGCCCACCACGGUGACAGAGUGCCUGCACACCUUUUGUAAAAGUUGCAUCGUCCAACACUUUGAAGACAGCAACGACUGCCCCAAAUGUGGCAUCCAAGUCCAUGAAACCAACCCUCGAGAGAUGUUAAGGUUGGACAACACUUUAGAGGAAAUCAUUUUCAAACUCGUGCCUGGGCUAAGAGAAAAGGAACAACAGCAGGAGAUCGAGUUCUGGAGGAGUCGGAAGUGGAAGGAGAAUGGAGAAGGUACAUUAUCUGUGUUAGUGUAUCCAUGAAGACCAAGACCCUCCUCAGGAGGGACCAGAAUGA